AGUGCCCGCCCCCUACCGGGCUCACUCGGUCUUCGGACAGAGACGCACGCGGGCGCCUGCCUUCGGAUCUGACCCGUCUUUGGGGCGCUCAUUAUUAGCUGUGGGGGAGCAAGCAGCGACAGUCGCCCGGGAGGGAUCGGACUUUUACAGAGCUAGCUAUCCACCACUUUUGCCAAAAUGCUCCUUUUGUUGUUGGGAAUCAUUGUACUUCAUGUUUCCGUGCUUGUCCUUCUCUUCGUUUCUACAAUUGUCAGCCAAUGGAUCGUUGGAAAUGGGUACACGACAGACCUUUGGCAGAACUGCACCACCUUAGGGGUUCCGAGUUCAUUUCAUUGCUCAACAUCAUCCAUGAAUGAAUGGCUGCAGUCUGUCCAAGCUUUGAUGAUCCUUUCCAUCAUCUUCAGUGUGUUGUCUUUAUUCCUGUUCUUCUGCCAGCUCUUCACUCUCACUAAGGGUGGACGUUUCUACCUUACUGGCAUUUUCCAGAUCCUUGCUGGCCUAUGUGUGAUGAGCGGUGCGGCCAUCUUCACAGUGAGACAUACAGAUUGGCAUCUCUCCACAGACAACACCUCCUUCGGGUUCACGUACAUCCUGUCCUGGGUGGCCUUCCCACUGGCUGUCAUUAGUGGGGUGAUCUACAUCAUCUUGAGGAAGCGUGAAUGAAGUGUCAAGUGAGGCCACUGAGACUAGAGCACUUGGGACAAGGAGGCGUUGAUGAGAUAGAAAGUGGGGGGAAAUGGAAGAUAACCAAAAACAAAACAAAACUACACACACACAUACACACACACACAACCCAACAAGUAAAGAGAGAGAAAAAAGAAACCAAACUGAAAGAAGGGUUACUGUGUUCAUUGAAGAUGUAUAUAGUAUCUAUGGUUUAAAGAAAAACCUAUUUAUAACACUUUUUACAUAUAUGUACAUAGUACUGUUUGCUUUUGUUUGUUGACCUGCCGCCAUGUUUAAAGCCUAAAGAAAGUGCCUAAGAACUCUUUUAACUCCUAACACUAUAAUUAGAGUGCCGUUUUUCCUUCCUCUGCUGUGGAAACGAAUGGAUCCCUCCUCCAGCGCUUUCCACUUCCAAUCCCAAACCAAAUAUAAGCCAAGAUAGGGCCUUCAGAAUUGGCAUGGUGUGCCACUACUGCACUGAAGUUGUCCGGUGCCCCAGUAUGCCCACGUUAACCAAGUUAUGGAUGUAAAUGCCAUGAAGAAGGAUGUCUACCAAAAUGUAGAUGAUGUAUAAGAUAAGGGUAGGUGAACCCAGCUUCUUGGGAUGAUAGCCAAUACGUGGUGGUGUACGUGAAGUCUAGCCUGUUCAUCCUGAAGCUGUGUAAUCCUGCCACCACUUCCAAAUAUGAUCCCCUUGUGUGACAAUCUGAGCUUCUUGAAGGAAAGGUAGGUUGUAAAUGUCAUCGUAGAUCAAUAACCAAUCUCUCUCGUACCUCCAGCUAAUGCUCAUUUCCAUAUGUUAAAUCAUGUCUACACUUGCACAUUUUAAUAUGGCCAAAGAUCAAUACUGAGGCUAAGUUAGAAGACAGAAACAUCAAAGUAGGAUGAGAAUCAAAAAUGAAGUGUGGUUUAUAACUAGCGAAGUGGUCAUCCUUCAGCCAUGCCAGUUGCGGGGAACGGGUGGGGGCGGGUAGACAAUGAGCUUUGUAAAAUUACAAAUGCUUUCCUCAAGAAUAAGCUAAGGCAUACAAAAAUCAGUGAAACUUCCCAAGCUCCAGACCACCGUCCCAUCCCUUUCGUUGACUCCUUUAUGAAAUUGAAUACCAAAAAUCUGUGAAAUGGUGCUAUCUAUUUACCAUUCCUUAUAUCGCUAAGCCAUUUAACCUUUACUCACUGGAAAGUCAGAUAACAAUUUUGAGAUAAACCAUGGAUUAGGAAUGAUAAAUAAUUCUGUGUAAUAUAUAUAUAUGCAACCUAUAACUGCUUUUGUACUUAGGAAAGUUGCUAUCGUCAUCAUUAUUACUAUUAUUUUUUUAAUAAAGCAUUUAUAACCAAGGUAUUUUUUCCCCUUCUGGAAAUGAGGGAAGCAAGCGUAGGAUUCCCCGGAGCUCCUCUGUAACCCUUUUCUGUGCUUCCAAAAGUGUGUCUGGCAAUGAACUGUACGGGCAGCCGCAUGUAGAUGUGUAAGCGGUGCUUUCUGAUGCUAAGACUCCAGACAUUAUUAUACGAUUAUUUUGCUUUGCUUUGCUGAUUUUAUACCAACUGUGUGGACUAAGAAGCAACAAAAUAAAAGUCAGAAUAACUCAAA